AUGCGGCAGAAGCAGCCUGGUGAUGUGCCGAUGUCGGCGGCGGCGUCGGAGGCCGACCUCGCCCAGCUCUCCAUCGCCAUCACCGCCGGGGAGGACCUGGGCCCGUUAGUGCGGCGCGUGUUCACGUGCAGGUGCCCCGAGCCACUACUCGCCUCGCUCUGGGCCGCGGCGCGGGACCGGGAGACCGAGAUCGAGGAGCUCUGCCGCGCGCACUUCCACGACUUCAUCUGCGCCAUUGACAACCUCCGCUCCCUCCUCGCCGACGCCGAUGCGCUCAAGGGCUCCCUCUCGGGCUCCCACGCUGUGCUCCUCUCCUUCGCCGCGCUGCUGCUCGCCUCGCUCGAGUCCUUCCUCGUUGCACGUGGGUUCGCCGGGAACCUCUCCUCCGCGCUCGCCUCCUCCCGCCGCCGCGUCCGCCUGCUGGUGCUCGCCAACCGCGCCAACGCGCACCUGCAGGGCGGCAACCACAACCUGUACCUCGCCCUGCGCGCCGUGCCAUUGACCGCGACCUCACCUUCAGCCCCUCCCCACCCUCCGCCACAUGAGUGA